AUGGCUUCCUUCAGCUCCGCGCCCCGAGGAACCUUUCUAGUCCUCUAUGCGAAGGAUGUCAACAUUGACACUGACGAUCUUGUUCAGCUGCUCUCUUCCUCCACUGCCACGGACCCUCUAUGGCCACGACUCGGAUGUUUUCAACUCACAUCUGCCGCACACCUCACAUUACCAAUUCUUGCAGAGAUCGCCACAACCUUUCCGCUCCUGACGGACCUCACAAUUUCUAUCGACGACAUCGAUCAAAAUGACCUCCUAACCAUCAUGAAGGCAUUAAAGGCUGCUGCAGCUGCAGUUUAUGAUCAGGAGGACAAGACCGAGCACCCUUCACAAAUGUUGACGAUCGACACUUGCCCGAGGGAGUGGGACCGGGACCAUCCAGCCGUGGCGCAUGUCAUCUACCACUACAUGAUCUUCCUAUUCCCCGCAGCGACCAUUUCCAUCCCAGAGUUGUGCUUCCACAUGUUCGGAAAUUUCCACAGGGAUCAACCAGAUUUUGCAGCUCGCUUCGAGAGGUUAACACUAGGCGGUGCGGAGAACAUCAGUUAA